AGACGUGCGUGUCACACGCAGGCGCCGCUUGCAUGUGCAGCCAAUCGCUUCCUCAUGACGCCACCGAGGCUGGACUCCUCCGCGGGGUUCCGGUCGCGUUUUUGCACACAUCCACGGAGGAUGCACAGUUGGAAGGGAGACAAGGCAGCGGGAGGACCUCCAACGCUGGCGGGGAUGCUUCUGCUCGCACCUGUCGGCCGCUCGACGCCUCGCUGAAUUCAGCGAAACUCAGCAUUCCGUGCGGAUUGGCUCUCACUUACUCGGAAUAUCACCCUCCUUUUUUUUAUUUUUCACGGGAUUAUUUUGUUUCGUGGACUGUAUCUAUGUUUGUAUGAUGGCACAUUAAGACUUUACUCGUGCCGUAGAUUAAGAUCACAGAUGUGGCCGCGCGGGCGUCAUGAUGUCUCGGAUCAUUCGCCCAUACUACUUGGACUGCUCUAUAUCAAAAAACACGAUGGACUUUUCUUUUUAACCCGAGCAAGGAACGCCAGUGGCAGGUGCGCGUGAAGCUCGACUUGCGUAGAGUGGAGCCAAGCAACAAAAGAUGAUCAUGUUUCGUAAAUUCCGAGUCUUGCUGCUCACCGUGUUUCUCGUGGCGUGCACGGUGCACAUUAUGAUCGACUUGCUGCCCAAACUGGAGAAGACGUCGGGAGCGGACGGCGGCGGCGACGGCGGCUGCCAGUGCACCCACCACGGAGGCGCCGAGUCGCCCAGCUGGGCCAAGCAGGAGCAGCAGCAGCGUGUCGGGUCGGCGGCCGGCGCCUGGCCCGACAAGCACGCGCUGCGAAUCCUGCAGGAUUUCAGCAGCGAGCCCAACUCCAACCACAGCACCUUGCAGUCCCGGGAGAAGAGCGCAGGGGCCGAACGGCGAAAGGCGGACGAGCACAAGCCGCUCAUCGGCGCGGCGGGCGAGGCGAGCGGGGGUCGGACAGCGACACGACCCAGAGCCGGUCCUGGUCGUGGUGCCAGUGCAUCGCGACUCGCGGCGCUCUUUGAGCAUCCUUUGUACAAGAUUGCACCUCCGCCCCUCACGGAGCAGGACACUUUGUUUAACGUCAACACGGAUAUCAGAUUUUAUCCCAAAGCCACUGAGGAACAAGGAUGGCACGGCGAGGACGGCAACACGCGCGACGAGGUGAGCGCCCGCGAGGUGGAGGUGACGUCCGAGUUGUACCCCAACUGGCUGCGCUUCCACGUGGGCAUCAACCGCUAUGAGCUGUACGCCCGACACAACCCAGUUCUGGAGGCUCUGCUGCAGGACCUGCUGACCCAGAAGAUCACCAGUGUGGCUAUGAAAUCCGGAGGCACCCAGCUCAAACUGAUCAUGACCUUCCACAACUACGGCCAAGCUCUCUUCAAGCCCAUGAAGCAGACACGUGAGCAGCAAACCCCUCCGGACUUCUUUUACUUCUCCGACUUUGAGAGGCACAACGCCGAGGUGGCCGCCUUCCACUUGGACAGGAUCCUGGACUUCCGGAGAGUCCCCCCAGUGGCCGGGCGGCUGGUCAACAUGACACGAGAGAUCCGAGACGUCACCCGGGACAAAAAGCUUUGGAAGACUUUCUUCAUCUCGCCAGCCAACAACGUGUGCUUCUACGGCGAGUGCUCGUACUACUGCUCGACGGAGCAUGCGCUGUGUGGCAAACCGGAUGAGAUGGAAGGCUCCCUGGCCGCCUUCCUGCCCGACCUCAGCCUGGCCAAGCGUAAGACCUGGCGGAACCCCUGGCGACGCUCGUACCACAAACGCAAGAAGGCCGAGUGGGAGGUGGAUCCCGAUUACUGUGACGAGGUGAAGCAGACGCCUCCAUACGACCGCGGCACUCGACUCCUGGAUGUCAUGGACAUGACCAUCUUUGACUUCCUGAUGGGUAACAUGGAUCGCCAUCAUUACGAAACCUUUGAGAAGUUUGGAAACGACACUUUCAUUAUUCACCUGGACAAUGGAAGAGGGUUUGGGAAGCACUACCAUGAUGAGAUGUCCAUCCUGGUCCCUCUCAGUCAAUGCUGCAGGGUGAAGAAGUCCACCUUCCUCCGUCUCCAGCUGCUGGCCAAGGAAGAGUACCGGCUGAGCGCAGUGAUGGAGGAGUCCCUCCUCCGAGACCGCCUGUCCCCGCUCCUCAUCCGGCCUCACCUGGAGGCCCUCGACCGUCGGCUGGGCCUGGUGCUGCGGGCGCUGGCCACUUGCGUGGAAAAGGAAGGCUACGGCAAUGUGGUGGAGGAAGACGUGGACGUCCGGUCGGGCGCGCACGCCGCUCACAGGUAGUGAGGGCCACCGGCGCCAGAUGCGGGACCAAUUACACUUUCCGUAGCAGGCUGAAUUCAGUGAAUUCCUCGAUGCCUCUGUUGUUUGUGCAAGAGACGGAGCUUACGGAUACGCCAACAGCCUUGACAAACAUUUGGUUUGAUCACGCCCGAGAUCCCUCGGCCCGUGUCUGUUAUGUUUUACGAUCGAGAUUUUGGAGACGAUCACCAAUCGGUGAAUUUGGAGAACAAAACACAAUAACCGAUUGCCAUUCCGAUCACAAGAAGGAUCAAUCUAUUUAAACUGCUUGUUUAUUUACCGUGUUGUCCAUCACCACUAUUCGCAGGGGGUCGGCCCCACCCACAAGUAGCCAAAUAUGUGUAUAAUUAACACGUAAGGGGAAAAAAGAUAUUUGAGAAAGAUUCAAGUGUAUAUGCUGACAACGAUGGUGGCCCAGAAAGUCUCGAGUGAACAAGAUUGUAUUUGCUGUCUUAUUUUGCAGGAUUACAAUGAAAUGUAACAUUGAUUCACCUUCAACCACUUGUGCAGUAAGAAUUCCAAUUAUUUGUUUGAUUUGCACUUCAAAUCCGAUUUUCACAUGCAAAACUGAGACUUCCUCAUGAAAUUAUUUGAUACCAAAAAAAGUUGCAGUUUGUGUGCCAGUUACGUGAAGAGUGCAAAGGAGUAUUUCUUGGUGAGGUCAUCGCUUAGCCGUGUUAGCGUCAUAAUGCUAAGAGGGGGAUGAUAACGGGGGGGGGCUGCGCUUUUGAGGGUUUAAUCCACAACACCCCCAUUGUAUAUACAAAAACGUACUUUGUUGCGCUAACAAGCAUCGCUGCGCAGUCAUUGGCUUGUUUUCUGCAAUUGCAUUGUUACUGUGACGAUCUGUUUACUCAAGUGUGCAAUCCAAAUAAAAAAGAGAAACCA